AUGUUGAGCGGAAAGACUUGUGAAGAUGUUUUUACGGAGGCCAAGGAGCUAUACAAGACCUCAUCUGGGUCAUGCUUCGAUCUCAAUCACUGCUGGGGAAUCUUGAAGGAUACCCCCAAAUGGCUGGCAACUCAGCAAGAAAACAACGGGGGAGGCAAGAAGGCAAUUCAAGCUCAAUCAAACUCACAAUCAACAGUGGCACCGUCUUCCAACAUGCCAAGCUCAACCCCGGCUGCAUCCAGCCCUGCUGUAGUUAUCAAUGUCAAUGAGGACGAUCCAGAAAACGGUCAAUCUGUUCUUGGGAACGUUUCUUUGGAGGGUCAAAAAGCUGCCAAACCAAAAUGCACCAAAGACAAUGCAAUUGAGAAGAUUCUUUUGAUGCAACGGGACCUCGUUCACAUCUCACACAAAUGGUUGUCCUCAAUGCAAUCAUUGGCGGAUGAAGCAGUGAUGUCAAAGGAUCUCACUAUGUUGGACAAAGAAAGCCGUACCUAUUAUAAAAAGAAGAAGAGAGUGAUCAUCCAUCGCUGUGGAACUACUCUUGGGAUGAAUAGAGCUGGAGAGGGAAAGAUGCUUUAAUGGGCUGCCUCUCUGGUAACUGGGUUGAGUAAGAUAACAAGAAAAAGAUAAGAGUAUGGACUCUUAAGGAAAGGUGUGGCUUUGGAGAAUUCUUG